UCAGUAUUCAUUGUUUUGAUUUUCGAAAAUAACCUCAAUUUUAAUAACAUCAAAUAAAGUUUGUUUUUGUAAAUUAUUUGAGACUUUUUUUCAACACAAAUCGCAUUUUAUUAAAAAUGAAACAGCACGCGUUAAGUAUUUCGAAAUCGUUGCUUUUAAAUACUAGCGCUAAAUGUUUAUCUUCAAUAAGAUGUCUAAGUACGGAAGAGGCCGUGGAACGUCGGAACCACCUUUUUGUGUUAGAAAAGAAGCGUCAACAUGAGAAAGUUGGGAGAAUUGAGAAAAUAGAAGUGAACUACAAAGGUGUACCCAAGGAUUGUACUUUGAUUAUGAAUAAAGACAUUUCCACUCCCUAUGACUGUGCGAGGCAUUUCAGUGAGUGGCACACAGAGAUGAGUGCACUGGCCCUGCUGGACGGCACACUGCACUGGGACAUGCACAGACCACUCACAGAAAGCUGCACAUUGGAAUUUCAAUCGUUCAACAUAGCUGAGCCGCAGCAAGUCAACAAGGCGUUCUGGCGGACAUGCUCCCUGCUGCUGGGCGCAUGUGCUAGUGUGGCAUUCAAGAGCACAGUGCCAGUUGCACUGCACAGUUUCCCUGGACCUGAUAUACGCAGUGGCUCCUUCAUAUAUGAUGUGGAUCUGCCAACACUACCUGACUGGAGACCCACAUCCCAGGAGCUGCACACCCUGAGCGCAGAGUACAUAAGGAUCUGCAGACAGAAGCUGCCGGUGGAGAGGCUGGAUGUGUCCGAGGAGUUAGCCCUCGAGAUGUUUGUGGACAACCCGCACAAGACCACUCAGAUACCCAGCAUUGCUAAGGCUAAUGGCAAAGUGACGCUGUACAAAGUGGACAAGCACGUGGACAUCUCCAAGGGGCCUUUAAUUGGCAACACAGGGCAGGUCGGCAAGGUGGCCGUCACAGCUGUACACAAACUCACAGGCUCGAACGACAGUGAGGUGAAGCAGCUAUACCGGUUCCAGGGUGUAGCUCUGCCCACCGGUGUCAUACUCAACCACUUCGCCUUCUCCUUGCUCAUUGAGAGGGCUAAGAAACUGAAUUCAGCUCGUUCACCAAUCAACCCAUUUGCAGAUACGCGGGAACCGGCACAUGAAAGUAUAGCUGCUAGAGCAUAACGCGUGUAUUAUCAUAAGAAUUGUAGGUAGUUUUAAAAUAAGGAAACAAUAGAGAUUAAAAUAAUUUAAUAUUUAA